AUGGCUGAGGCAGAACCAUUCUUAGCAGAUGGCAAUCAGGAAUUAUUUCCCUGUGAAGUCUGUGGAAGACGCUUUGCAGCAGAUGUUCUGGAAAGGCAUGGACCAAUAUGUAGAAAACUGUUCAACAAAAAGCGUACUUUCAAUUCCUUAAAACAAAGAUUACAGGGCAGUGACAUUCCCACUGUGUGGAAGGCUCCUCAAUCCAAGCCUCAACCCAUGAGAAAAUCUAACUGGAGACAACAACAUGAAGACUUCAUUAAUGCGAUUCGAUCAGCAAAGCAGUGUACACUAGCCAUUAAAGAAUGCCGGCCUCUUCCACCUCCACCCCCUCCGUCCAUCAACCUAGAUUAUAUUGAGUGUCCAUAUUGUAUGAGGAGAUUUAAUGAAACCGCAGCCAAUCGACACAUUAAUUUCUGCAAGGAUCAAUCUUCUCGCCGAGUCUUUGAUCCAGCCCAGACAGCAGCCAAAUUGGCAUCCAGGGCACAGGGUAGGGUUCAGAUGAGUCCAAAAAAAGGAACGACUGUAACCAGUGCCGUGGGAGCUCUGCUGCAGAACAGGGCCCUGGAGGCCAGUGUGGUCCCAGCCAGGCCAGGAUUAGCAGUGGACCCUGCUUCUGGAGCAAAACUCAGACAAGGAUUUACUAAAUCUUCUAAAAAAAAAAAAGAUUAACUCCUAGAG